GGUGGGAGGACGGUUCAAGUUGAUACAGAAUACGCAAAUGAAACUGAAUAGUAUAAGGAAAAUUCCGGGCUUUCGAGUAUAAUGGGGGAAAGCAUGGUCUGGGAGGCCGCAAUCCAAGAUGGCCGACGUCACCACAUCACGUGAUGGUCGCCGCGGAAACGUAAGAGCGUUUACAUGUUCUGAUCGUUGGCGAAUUCAUCAGAGAUGAUGGCUGGACCUCAGAAAGAAAAUAAAGUCACGAGGGUUAAGACAGCAGAGAAGAAAGGUAGUCUUCAGAAAAAGGAAUCUACGAAGCAGGUUUCUGGUGACCAGCGGGUGACCAAGUCGCCAAGGUCUGUGAACGCCAUUAAAAAGGACACACCAGACAGAACAAAGGUGGGGAAACAAGGACCAGUUGGCGGCAAGGAAGCUGAGGGAAUAAGUGUUGAGGAAAACCAACCGGUAGGCGAUUUACCAACGGGUGUGAAUGCAAAGAGCGAUGACAACAAGGACAAAAGCCAAAGAACAAACACAUCAGACGCCAAGGUUGGAGGAGUAAAAGCUGUUGUUACGGAGCCAGAUUCCAAACAAGGCCAUGGCGGGGAGAAUACAGGAGAUAUAACACCACUGGUCAAAGUGGCGCCGAAUAAGAUCAAGCCUGUUGGGUCAGGAGAGGGGACACGAAAGACGACUGGGAACGUGACCCAGAAACAGAAGUCGCCUGGGCCAACGCAAAAGCCAAAAGUACAGAUACCGAGGACGGAUACUCAAAAUACCGGCCGUGACCCUAAGACUGGUACGCCUGGAGGUGUUACGCAGAAGGUUGGACCGAAAGCAACACAACCCACCAGCAGUGGAACGCUGAAACCCAGAGCUACGCAACAGAAACCUGGUGCAGGAUUGCAGAAAGUGGCAGCAGGACCAAAGAAACCUGCGGCUGAAACGAAGAGAGGUGCUGGCUCGGCCACAACAGCACCAAAAGGAACUAAAUUUACUGCGGUAUCUGGUAAAUCCACACCCCAAUCUGCAAAAAGGAUGGAAACCCCUACUACCGCGGUUGGAAGGAUGACCACUGGGGAAACACCGCCCGGGAAUAAAGUCAUGAAACCUGAGGAAAGCGAGAAGAGUCCACGGAACACAUCGGUGUCGUCCGAAACCUCUGUGGCUGAAAAUGAGGAGGACAGACGCGCAUCCAAGGUCAGUGUGGCUUCAUCUAAAGUCAGUGACACGUCCUUGAAAUUAGACCUGUCAAGCUCGAGUUCUGGUUUACCAAGUUUUCCUGGGAGUGCUGUUGGGGUGCGCACGCCGCAGAGCAGUGCAACUGGGAGCGUCAGUGACUCGGGAUACUACAAAGUGCCUGGCAUCGACAUUACAAUGUCGAGUGAUCAGGACAUAAAAGCGUCUGAACAAAAUGAAGCAGACGAUAAGGUUUUUAAGGAAAAUACCGCUGACGAAGCAGCUAACGACGACAAAAAGCAAGAUUCUCGUGACAGUGCUGUUGAAACCUGUGAGAAUUCUGUUGGUACUUCUGUUGAAAGCAGUGAUAAAGUGGACGAAAAAGCACCUGAUGGGGCUCAAGUCAAACAAGACCAUGGCAAGGUUGAGACCGAUACAAAUGAUAUGGCGAAGGUGGAAAGCGAUCAGGUUAAUGCUAACGUCAAUAGCACUGCCAAUACUAAUAUUCCUGAUGAUUUGAUGGCGGAUAAUUCAGCUAAACAGGUUAUUGCCGUCAGUGACGCGAAGGGUAAUUUGGUUGACGGGAAUAUACCAGUGAGAGAACCGGCCAAGCCUGCUGUUGUUGUGCCAGUUCAUGUGGUAGUUCCGAAUGAUGCUAAGGAAGAGACUGUGAUCAAGGAAGGCAAGGACACGGAGGAGGAAACUGUGAUUAAAGAGGGGAAGGAGACAAAGGGGAAGAGCAAGGAGAUCAGGGUUGUCAAGGAGGUCACAACAAAGGAGAGUAAGGAGACCAAAACGAAGAAGGACAAGAAAGAACCCGAUGCCGUUAAAGAUUCAAAACCGAAGGAUUCAAAGGAAUCUGACGUGAAGGAGUCAAAACCUAAGGAUUCAAAGGACAAAGAUGUGUCAUUGGCGAAUAAAAGGAAUUCUGUUACUGAUUUGAAGACUGAAAUUCAGGAGAUUAAAACGCCACGUGAGAAAAGUUGGAAGAAUUUAUUUUCACGUGACAGCGGGAAAGAAGCGCCGGGAAAAGCGGAGAAAGUGAAGAAAAAGGAAAAUAACAACAAGAAUCCGAAAGGUGAUAAGAGUCAGAAGAAGGACACUGCUGAUUCGGGUAAACCUGGUUUAGGGAAGGGGAAGGGGAAAUCUGCAUGGAGUAGGAUAACCACGAAGGAUUUAUUGGCUGGUGUCCACACAAACAACAUGGCCGGCGAGGGCAAACAAAAUGGAGUUGCGAUGACAAACAAUAAUGAACUAAGUCGCAAGGAAUCUAUGUCAGUAUUGACAGUGCCCAAUUCAAACAGUCUUGAUGACAGACAAGGGAAGCCGGACGCCAAGUCCUUGAGAUCGACUGGAAGUCGUCGUCUGUCCGUGACGUCUGCCCGCCGCGGGUCAAUGGAAUCGAGGAGGUCUGUUGACAUCCGUGGGGGCCUCCUAAACACAAUUGUUGUCAACCCGCCGGGAGAAGACAAGCCCAAGUCGUUGGUGGUCAGUGAUGAGUCGUAUAUCCAGUCGGCUAUACCCAUCCUUCCCUUGCCCGUUGCUAUUUUGUUAUUUCUGCUGAACAUUAUUAUUCCAGGAUUUGGUACUGUGAUGAGCGGCUUCGCUAUUUUCUGCUGCGGUAAAACAAGGGUGAACAGCAAGUCCGGUGACUUGAAGACGAUAACCUUCUGUGUGAAUGUCUGGGUCGGGAUGGCCCAACUUUUCACCGUCACGUUUUGCCUGGUUGGAUGGGCCUGGAGUAUCGGAUGGGGAAUUCGCAUGAUCGGACACUCAAUCCACCAUCGCCAAGAGGUGAAGGAACUCCGUGAAAAGACGUUACAGACGAUGGCUCUUAGUGCCUUCGCCGGAUCUCCCGUACGGAGAAUGAUGGGCUUCGCUUCUUAACGAAAAGGUCCAUGGAAGUGGAGCUUCCUGCAAGCUGUGUCAGUUGUUACGGAGUGUUAUGUUCAUGGUUCAUAUGUUAAUCCCAUUUCUUACCGUUAUCCUAAUUAUGAUAUUGUGUGAUAUUUCGAUGACGGUUGCGGACGUGGCACCCUAUGCAUUUCGACAAAAGCUGAUGCAUGAGCUGUAGGCCUAUAUGUGAGAUGAGAGCGAGGGUCAAGAUAAAUGUUCUAACGUUAGUGGUGCGCUACAGCUAAGAAUGUGAAAAUUCUCAGCGGGAAAAAGGCAGCCCGGUGUAAUGUUUUUGAGUGUUUCUAUUUUUGAGUGUUUCCCCUCAUUGUUUGGGAACGCUAAAAGAUAGAUUGACAAGUUUUUCUGUGUUUCCCCCUAUUGAAAAGUCAUGGUCUCUCUAGCUGCCUAUUGUUUGGAAACACUGACACAUGGGAAACAACCACAGAUGUUACA